AUGAAUGCUGAUGAAGAAAACCGAUUAUACACAAUUCGUAUGCGAACAUCAACAUAUGGUAGUAAAUUAACAAGUGAAUAUCGACGCUAUAAUAAAGAAGUAUUAGAUCGGCUGAGUGUUGAAAUUCUAUUUGGACAUCUUAUUGCAUAUAUGGGCGAAUUUGACAAGUCAAUUAACUACUUUGAAACAUUAGUUGAUAAAGAGAAUAUAGAUCAGACUAAUGUUCAAAUCAAUUUGAAACGAGUCUAUGCUCUUAAAGGUGACUAUGAUAAUGCUUACAAAUACUAUCAUAUUGCAAGAGAUUCAGAAACAAAUGAAAACUCGCCAAAAGUGGCUGAAAUAAUACAUAGUCUUGGUUGA